GCCAACAAGCCAACAACCAUGACCAAAGACCAUGUUGUUGACUUGGUACCAAUAGCUGGGUUGCCAGGAUGGGUCCAAAUAGAAACCACAAAAGCAACACCAUACAGCAAGCCCCAGUCAUCGAAUCAUGAGCAAUGUACCAGAAGUAACCGGAGCAAGAUCCAGCCGCCAGAAAACAAGGAAGACAUCCAAAUGGUCAUCGACGUGGAUCUACUUGUUGGCGUUGCUUUUGGGCUGGUGUGUGAUCACCUGGUACUUUUCCUUUUCCGUCCACAAAAGCAGUACCAGCAAUAGGAAUGGAAAUGAAUUUUCGAAUGUAGUAGUGCCCCCAAGAAAGACGCCCACCAAUGUUGACUUGCAACAGCGCAAAGAGUCCGGAAGUUUGUCAUCGGGAGACCAACACUUUCUCAUUUCGUACUUGACAAUGACAGGGCAGUUCCAGCAGGAGGAGCAAAGUAGCAGCGAUGCACAGAAAGCACAAGAGAUUUUUUCCAAAGAAAUGAGGCGAGUCCAAGCCUGGUUGCUACAAACACAAAAGAGUCCCUUUUUGCCCCUCACGGCAUAUUUGGAGUCACCGUUGCCUCCUUACAAUGACACUCAAGUCCCUCGGUUGCUCUCCACGCAUCGACUGGCCAACAAGCCCCAAGAUCUGAUACAAAGAGAAUACACUACGGAUACGCCACAAUCCUGCCUUGAUUUGCCCAAUGCGUUUCCCGUGAUGAAACCACCCACCGACAAGGAAGAAGCAGAAACUCAAAAUAGUAAGAAUGACUGCCCCAUUCACGGCGAUCCCUUUUUGCCGUGGAUCCAUGAUGCCUUUGUGUCACAGUCGGGUACCGUGGUGGAGAUUGUUGCCCACAAUCAACGAAGAUGUCAUACCAAUCCAAAACAAUACUUUCACAGGCUGCAACACUUGGAACCACAAGUGACCAUCAUGCAAAGUGUGCCCGUGAUUCGAGAAAAGGCAACCGGUAAUGGUGCCUAUCGGUACCGAUUGGCAUCGCUACAAGAGGCUGCCGCCAACACGGAUGCUGUUACGGAAACCAGAUUUAUUUGUCACUUUCAUACCCAAGUGCUGGCCAAUAAUCAGGAGGGCGACACUCUGCAAAGGAUUCCUCUCGGAGAAACCUUGAGUGUCUUUCCCUACAAUUACGAACAUGCCAAUGAUCGAAAACGCAACAGCAAGCCCAUGCUGACCCGUGCGACUUCUACCAGUGAUGACAAGACGGCUUUGCACAAUGAACAAGUGUGGAAUUCACUGCUUCACUUUCAAUGUCCCAUUCCAGCCCAUUUGCAAUCACUACUACUAUUGCAAGACAACAAAAGCGGCAUUUAUGUGGAUGUCGUACCCAUUCGCACGUAUCCUCGAACAGAACGGGAAGGAUACUUUGAUCGGAAGGCCAGAAACAUGUCCAUCGGCAGUGGCAGCAACAUGUUGUUUGAUCCUGUACUCGAAUGGGGUAUUGGCAAUAAUAGUAACCAAAAGCAUUGGCUGCCCACCGUGGAGCAAAGUGGUCGAUGGGCCAACAUUCCACUCUGUCGAAUACCAGCAACACCAGAGUCACAACAGCAAGGCGACAAAAAGGAUAUUCAAGAGCGCGACAGGCAAGACCGACCGAAUACUGACAUCAGUUCUUCUGACAAGAAGAAACACUUUUUGUCAGCUUGUGUGUGGGCAUCCGCUACCUUUACCACUCGGGGAUCGUCGGAUCCCGACACGUCGACUUCUCUGAGACUGAUAGAAUGGCUCACCUACCAGUUUGAGAUUGCUCAGUUCGACCACGUUUACAUUUACGACAAUUCUCCUACCGAUGGUGCUACGACGUUGGAAUCGGUAACACGUCUCUUUCCUUCCCAUCAAGUUACUCGGAUCCCUUGGAAGCACCCCGUCUGCAACAAUAAGCCACCUGGUUCGAAUAAUCCUGGAGAGCGCAGUAGUCAAUAUGCCGCCGAAGCCAGUUGUCGCAUCCGAUACGGGCCCAUGACGCAGUGGCUGGCAGUUCUGGAUACCGACGAGUACUUGAUUCCACAACAGCAAAAAUCGCAUGACAAGAUAUCUUUGCGACAAUGGUUGGAACAGGCCAGCAUAGAGCAUGGCGAUACCAAGAUUUGGAGCUUUUAUCAGACCCGCGCCAUACCUAACAUUCGACUAAUGGACGCGGUUGCAUCGGCCAACCAUCCACAGUUUCAAUGGAAGAAACGUGACAAUACAACCUUUUUGGAAACUUAUAAUUGCGACCGUCUACAGUUUCCAAAGCCAGGCUGGGCUUGGCGUGCUCAAAAGCAAAUCUUUCAGCCGUCCUUUGUCCUCAUGCACUUUGUUCACUAUUCCAUCGUCACACGACGACUGCUCGAAGCACCCAACGAAUGGUCAGGCUUGUACAAAGAUCGACCACCGAACGAACGACGUGUCGACGAACGAAACCAAGCAUUCUUGCUUCAUGCCAAGACGACAUCCCCCAAGGCGACAGAGUAUUGGAAGAAACAGUGCCCCGUUGUCACCGUUGACGAUACAAAGCCAGACAGAAAAGGCAAAGACAAGAAAAGUAAUGACUGUCCUGUUGGCAUUCCGUAUCCCCCGGGAGCCAAGGAGGGAGCGACGGAUGCUGGGGGACGAGAGUACAAUUGCUAUCCCCACGAAGUCGUUUCCGAGGUUGUGGUACCUAGAUUAAAAGAGCUUUUGCCACCGCUCCUUCAACGGUACCGCGAAAUAAUCAAAUACUAGCAAGUAACACACACAGCUGACGCAGUUCCGUUCAAUAUGGCCAUGAUCAGCAAAUGUCUUCUGAAGAGGACUGAUGUAGAACACCGUGCCGGUGCGAUAGUCGACCUGUAACCAACCGCUUAGCUGGAGGAGACCAGUCUAAAGUACUAGAAUGGAUCCUCAAAGCUUCAAUAGCCCGUUCGUCUUACCCUUCAGGGAUUAAGAAGUUCCCUGGGGCGCCAUGAAAGCCUACACAUCAACAACCCACACAACACCAACCACACACACCACCCCCGUUCACAAAUCCAGCCAACUGAGAGGCACUGGAUCCAGGUCCGAACCAAAACCGCGCGUAACUCAUCGAGUGCACAAGACGGACUCAAAAAGAAAACACUUCGCUUCCAACUACUACCUAGCUUGACUUGAGCUAGCUUGACUUGAGAAUAGAUCGGAAGAAGGAGAGCAGAGCCAUCUCGUGUCUCACGUCUCAUGGCUGUCGGUCAUAAAGCACAUGGGCCUGUAACAUACUCUAGCUAGCUAGUACGUACCGUAGG